AGCUUCCAGUAAGCCGGGAGGCGUCCAUCGGACGACACGUUUAUUUUUAUGCUACACAAUUAUUUAUUGUUUCACUCUCCGUAUAGUCACGCGCUCGUAUGCCUUUAUUAAAAAAAACUUUACAUUCUGAAUUUGAGUUCAAAUAAAGUUCGCGCGUAAAAUUAGGUAUUUUUAAUGUCGUCGUUACAAUAAAAAUGGAAGUGGACCGUAUUCUUUACAUUUUCGGAAGUUUUUCGCGAAAGAAAGACAAGAGGAAGUCUUUUGAACAGUCGUCUCUCAGUGCUGGGAACAGCCCGUUGCGACUGCCUAGAACUCAACGUCCUGUGAGCCAGAACCUGAAUGUGGCCCCGAGGACUUCGGCAUAUGAAAAUGGGCGUCCUCCAGUGAAAGAGUGGGAGUGUGGACUAUGUAGGAAGGAGUUGGUAGAGCCUAGAUUACUGGGCUGCCUGCACAGCUUCUGUACGAGAUGCUUGCAGGGACUGCACCAGGAAGGCGAGGCAGAGACUUGGAGCGAGGUUGAUGCAGGGUCCAUCCAGCUGGAAGCAGGCGAGUCCAGGUCUGGUUCUGGCGCUGGUUCCGCCGGCUCGGGCUACGAGAGCGACCUGCGCCAUUCAGGGUCUGACGGCAGCUGGGACCAGAAGCCGCUGAAGUAUGGCAUCUUUACUAGGAGGAUCUCCGGCAAAAGCGUCCAGUUCCUCCUGUGUCCGACAUGCGGGCACGAUACUCCCCUCCCGUUGGGAGGGAUCGCAGCUCUUCCUCUAAACUACGUGCUUCUCCGAAGGAUGCUGGCUACGAGAGAGGGCGAGAGUGUAGGCGUGCUGUGCGAUCUGUGCAACAGCGAUAAUAAGGCCGAAAGCCGCUGCAACCAAUGCUUGGUGAGCGUCUGCACGUCGUGCAGCGAGGCACACGGCCGGCAGAAGGCGACGGCCAGACAUUCCUUGCACCCACUGGAUCCGCUGCCGCCCAAGUACUGCAGCCAGCAUCCAAGGGCUGAGCUCACGGUGUACUGCGCCACGUGCCAGCAGGUAGUCUGCCGCGACUGCUGCCUCGUGUCCCAUUCAGGGCACGCAUUAGCGAACGCUGCGCGGGCGGCGGCGGAACGCGCUCGUCUGCUUCGAGACGCGUGCGAGAGGGCCAAGCAUGUUCCCGAGAACGUAGAGAGAGCCGUGAGGAUACUCAGCUCGACUGCUUUUGAAGCUGAUUCCCAAGCAGCCCGCGUAGAGAGCGAAGUCCAAGCGUGGGCAGAUCAGUACCGGCGGGCGGUGGAGGCCCACGGUCGAGCUGUGUGCAUGGCCGCAGCCAGAGCCCGCGACCGCUACCGGCAGAGGGUUGACGAGAAGACACGAGAGCUGCAUGAUAGGGCGCAGCACGCGGUUGACGCUGUGAAGUUUGCAGAGGAGGUGCUAUCUGAAGCCAAGGAAGACGAGCUUCUCUCGCUCAGCGGGGCCGUAUCCCGGCGGCUUGAGAAACUAACAGAGCUGCAACCGCUAGCGGAACCUCCUCGCUGCGAGCUUCGGUUUGCGGCCACCGCGCCCGCCGUCCAUGACUCUACGCUCGUAGGGCGGCUGCUGACGUGCGCACCUGAUCCAGACAAAUGUGUGCUGAAUACUGAGGGACUUCAAGACCUUCAAGUAGAUUACCCACAUGAAGCUAUUCUAGAGUUACGAGAUAGCAGCGGAGAGCGAAUAUGGUGUGGGGGUGAACAGGUUUGCGGGUACUUCCGCCGGCGUGAUUCGAGCGCGGCGCCCGCAGCGGCGAGGGUACGCGACCGCGGCGACGGCUCCUACGCGCUGCGGGUAGCGCCGCCCGCGCCCGGUGCCUACCUGCUCGCUGUUACGCUUAACAAUACGCCUAUCAAGGGCAGUCCAUUCCCAUGUGCAGCGCGAGUGUCCAAGGCCCAUAGCGGGCAAUUUCAUUGCUGCGCGUUUUGCUCGUCGGGCGGCAAGCGUGACGUCACCUGCGGCUGCGGCGCCACCAUGGCUGGAGGGUAUAAAGGCUGCGGGCACGGGCACGCGGGCUGGCCGGGCGCGCGGCACUGGUCGUGCUGCGGCAGCACGCAGCGCCGCGGGCUGUGCCGCGCGCGCCCCGCCACCUACCAGUUCUCCUUGUAG